AUGACCAACUGCAUCCACACGACACCACCUUCGUUGCCUUUAGAUUGCCUCGAGGAAAUCUUAGGGUAUCUUACAGAAGAUCGAAACACACUUUAUUCAUGUAUCCUUUCCACUCGUCUAUUUUGUAAACUAUCGAUACCUUUGCUAUGGCUUCACCCUUUUAGGGUGAAGCCCACUCACAGUAAAUCACACACUAUCAUCCAAGUAUUAUUAUCUUCUCUACCCGAGGUGGAUAGACAACAAUUGAUCAAAGAGGGAAUCAAAUUGCCAGCAAAUUUACCCGAACCUUUAUUCGAAUAUCCAAAAUACAUUCAGGGGUUGGAUACCGGACACUUUCAGAUGACAAUCUAUCAAUGGAUGAAUGCUUAUAAUAAAUUUAACAAACUAAAUAGAUCUUACUUUAUUGGCUUCAUGGGAAACAUCAUUGGGAACCAUUUAUUUGGCAUAUCACGUGGCAUAAAAACCUUAAUCCUAAACUAUGAUGUUGAAUACAGCAUCGAAAGUAUAAUGAACAUUUCCACCUAUACCGGAAUAGAGAGUAGUCUGGGUCACCUCCGGGAGCUAAAGAUCAAGACAAAAAAUGCACAGGACAUUGACUUCUCAUUAGAAAUAUUCAUAAUCACCCGUUAUGCAACACAGAUUAGACAAAUAAUCAUUGAUACCCAUUACAUAAUUGAUGAACUACUUUACCAGGCAAUAUCGAGUUUAGUGUCUAUCCAAAAAAAUCUCUGUUCCUUGAAGUUGGCUGAAAGAUGGGUGGAUGCAGCUACACCUUUGAUCUACAAGGCAAUUCAGACACAAUCCGAGUCACUGAAGACCUUGGAAUUGUCCGAGUUUCGAAAUUUACAGGCCUUGUUAAGUCUCCUAAGUAAUUGUCCAAAUUUAGAAACAUUAUUCUUAACCGAACAUUUUAGCAUACCGAAUGCUCAAGAAAUGUUUGAUUCCAUCAAUUACUUACCGCCCAUUCAUAUCAAGCACUUAAAAGCCUACAAUAUUUUGUUUCCCAAAAUUUCAGAUUUCACACUGAUGAUACAAACACUUAUCCAAUUAUCAAGUAAACAUUUAAACACCAUCAUGUUACAAUUCUCCGAUUCCAACAUCAUUAGCAAUAUAGGCCAAUAUUGUCCUCAGAUUAGAUUUUUAUCGUUGACCAUCACCUUUAAUGAAUUCUGCUCGCUCUAUUCCACUCUACCUUUCUUAACCUCACUUGAUUACUUACAUCUCGUGUUCGCGCAUAUCGAAGGCUCCAUCGGUUAUACCAAUGAUCCGGUUCUUCCGUCAGAUGAAUCCCUGGAAAAAUUGGCCAAAUCUUUUCCGUCGAGACUGAAGUAUUUGGCGGUUUAUUUCGGAAUUCCUCCGUAUAAGAGAACCAUCUUUGAUCUCCCGCAUUCGUUAAGUAAGAUUCUCUGUAACAUAAAGAAUCCCCUGGAGAAGUUGGACAUAUAUAAUGAGAUGGAUUCAAGGUUGAUGCGCGUAAUUGUGGAUUAUGCAACCGAGAUUGGAGGGUUGAAAAAAUUGGGAAUAGUUGAGGGUUGGACGAACGAGGAAUGGUUUGAACAGUCUAAGGGUGUAAUAGAGAUUAUUGUGAACGUCGAAGUUAAUGGUUCUCCAAUAAAAUUCAAUUCCACGUUACAAUGGUGUAUAACCGAAACGCUUCCCGGCAUUCUUUCUGAAAUCAAAAUUCCAUUCCCCCCGCCACUCCUCGAUCAAGACCUUUUACCAAAAAUCAAAAAAGGAAAAUUACCUCUUAGGACCACGAAUCCAUUUUUAUUGUACAGAACAGCGUUAAUUAAAACACUCUUUAAGAAAGGUUAUUACGAAUAUAACAUGAGGGAUAUUUCGAAAUUGGCAUCAAAAUUGUGGAAGCUUGAACCCGAGUAUGUUCAACGUGAAUAUCGGAGCUUGGCCCUCAAGGUCAAAAAAAUCCACAGAGAAUAUGAACUAGACUCGAUCCAAAGAGAUACUCGGAUGGAUAAAGUUGAUGUCAUUCGUGUCCAUCGGAGACCACGUGAUUGUGUCACUAAUACGACAUGUCCAGACGACACACACAAUCUAAGCGGUUUAGAUUAUUACAAUUAUCCUUCUGAAAUUCCAAGUUUUUAUAAUCCACCAUCUCUCGAGUUUCAUGGUGAGAUCCAUCACAUUUCAAACUCGCACAAUGUAUCACACGUUAAUAUGUUCAACGCUCCUUAUUAUUUAAAUCACGGAACUUUGAUUAUGUACCCGAUUCACAAUUUAGUGGAACCUAAUAUCGAACAAAAUCAAAAUAUUAAUUAUGACUCUAGUUACGAACAGCCAGUCGGUUAUACUGUUAACAAUCAGAUGGAACCCAACAUUGAGCAAAAUAUUGACAUGUUUAACAUCAUUCAUAACUUUUCCCCUGAUGUAACCAAAUAUUGA